AUGGAUUAUGCUGAUGGCGUAUUCUAUCCACUUCCACAGUUUUUAUCAAGGCGCUUACAGAAAGUUCAAUUUGCAACUGCUAGUUUUGUCUUGGGUCGAUAUGUUAAAGAUCAAAAGGAUAUCCUGGAAGUUGGAUGGCUUCCAGUCAACAAAAGAAGAGAACUCAACAUCUUGAAAUCGAGUUUCAAAGCCAUGUACUUCCCAGAGUGGCCAGAGUAUUUAAAACUAGAACGACAAACUUGCGUUCGAGAACUGCGUUCAACUAAUGCAGUUCAAUUAGUUGUGCCAAAAGAAACUGGAACGUUUCAACAUAGCGCUGCAAAACUUUUUAAUUCCUUACCUGAGAACAUCAGGAAUUGUACUAACUACAAAGUAUUUUUAAAAUUACCUAAAGAACUUCUAUUCGAAAGAGCAUGCCAAAACUAG